AUGUCUGAGAGCAUAAAGGUCAUUUGCCGUGUAAGACCACUCAAUGAUCUAGAAAAGGCGAACGACAGCAAGUUUGUUGUAUCUUUUCCUGGUGAUGGCAAAACGGCAAUAUCGAUUGGAGGCAAAAACUUUAACUUUGACCAUGUAGUACAACCUAAGGCAACCCAGUUAGAGGUCUACGAAAUUGUUGCCAAACCAAUUGUUGCAGAUGUUCUAAAUGGAUAUAACGGCACAAUUUUCGCCUAUGGUCAGACAUCGAGUGGAAAAACAUUUACCAUGGAGGGGAUUUUAGGCGACCCAGUCUUUCAGGGUGUUAUCCCCCGGAUAAUACACGACAUAUUCAAUCACAUCUACCAAAUGGAUGAAAACCUUGAAUUCCAUAUCAAAGUUUCAUAUUUUGAAAUAUACAUGGAUAAGAUUCGCGAUUUGCUUGAUGUUUCAAAGACAAACCUACCUGUUCAUGAAGAUAAAGAUCGAGUGCCUUAUGUUAAAGGAGCCACAGAACGGUUCGUGUCCAGUCCUGAAGAAGUAUUUGACGUCAUUGAUGAGGGGAAAGCUAAUCGUCAUGUAGCCGUAACAAACAUGAACGAACAUAGUUCUCGAAGUCAUUCAGUAUUCAUGAUUACCGUUCGACAAGAAAAUUUAGAAACGCAGAAAAAACUCCAUGGAAAACUUUAUCUUGUUGAUUUGGCUGGUAGUGAGAAAGUUGCUAAAACAGGGGCUGAGGGUACUGUUUUGGAUGAAGCUAAAAAUAUCAACAAAUCAUUGUCUGCUCUCGGUAAUGUGAUCAAUGCACUUGUAGAAGGAAGCUCGCACGUUCCUUACCGUGAUUCUAAGUUGACGCGUAUUCUUCAAGAAUCUCUGGGUGGUAAUGCACGGACAACAAUGGUGAUAUGUUGUUCACCAGCUGCUUUUAACGAUGCUGAGACAAAAUCAACUCUUAUGUUUGGCAUGCGCGCUAAAACAAUCAAGAAUUUAGUCACUGUAAAUGAAGAACUAACUGCUGAUGAGUGGCGACGACGAUAUGAACGUGAGAAAGAGAAAGUUAGGAGACUUCACAAUAUUGUAUCUCGUUUGGAAAGUGAACUGAAACGUUGGCGAGGUGGUGAAUCUGUCAGUCAAACUGAAUGGUUUACAGAAACUCAAUAUUCAGCUGCCAUAGAUGAUGCAAAGGACAUAACAACUCCAGAUGUAUUUCCAACCAAGCUCAUGUCAGAUAGCAUUUCAGCAACUGCACCACAAAGUGUUCAACUAUCAAAUAUAUCUCAAACGCGCACCGGUUCGUUUCCAUCAUCACGUGUCAUUGCCCCUAGUGAUACUCUCAGUCCAACCGCGGGUGGUGUCGGUGAUGAACAACUACAGUUUCUUUAUCAACAACUUGAUGAUAAAGACGAUGAAAUUAAUAAGCAAGCUCAAACAAUUGCUCGUCUUCGACAACAAGUUGAAGAACAAGACGAAAUCAUCAAUACUUUACGUAAAGAACGUGAAGGUCAACUGAAGGAGAUCACAAACCUCCAAGUUGAAUAUCAAUCGAGUAAAGAAGAGGUUAAAGAAGUUUUACAAGCUUUAGAAGAAUUAGCUAUGAAUUAUGAUCAAAAAGCACAAGAGAUUGCUUCAAAAGCAAAAGAAUUAGAAGAAGUCCAAGAAUCUUUAUUAAAACAGACUAGAUUAAUGCAUAGUAAAGAUGGUGAAUUAUCUCAAUUGAAAGAUACACAUCAAAAUCAAAAGAAGAAAUAUACUGAAAUGAUGUCUAGUUUAUUAAAAGAUUUAAUUGAUGUUGGUGAAUGUCUAAAUGAUCAAUUGACGAAACCAUCUGUUGGCGCUGAACGAUUAGAUGAAGAAUUCACUGUAGUUCGUUUAUAUAUAAGUAAAAUGAAAACUGAAGCAAAAUCAUUACAAUCACGUGUACGUCAGUUAGAAGAAGAACGUGUUCAACAUGUACAAUUAAUGCGUAAAAGUGAUGAUGAAUCAAAAGAUCUACGUACAAGAAUUCAUGCUUUUGAAGUAAAAAUUGCUACAUUAACAGAUAAAAUUGAUGAAUCGGAAUCACGUAAACGUCAUUUACAAGAAACUGUUGAUAAUAUGAAUGCAGAAAUAGCUAAACUUCGUGCAAAUGAACAAUUUAUGUCUGGUUCAGGUGAACAAAAUGAAAAAAUUCUAUCUGGACAAUCAGUUAUACGUGCUAAAUUAGAUGAAGAAUUUAAACGUCAAUCAGAACAUUAUGCUACACAAGUGAAAAGUUUACGGGAUGAAUUAGAUGAAAAACAGAAGAAAUUAGAAGAAUAUAAAGAUGAAGCAAAUAAUUUCAAAUUCCAAUCAGAAAAAUCUCAAGAAGAAGUUACACGUUUACGUAAAGAACUAGAAGAUAAAUCUACACGAUUGGAAACAUUGGAGAAGACUACAGAAAAACGUGAACAAGCAAAAGAAGAUCUACGCGGUUUAGAAGAGACUGUUAUUAAAGAAUUACAAACAUUGCAUAAUCUACGACGUUUAUUCAUACAAGAUCUUAAUUGUCGUAUUAAAAAGUCUGCUAAUCGUGUAAAUGCGUUAACUGCAGCUGAAAAAGCCACUGCUAAUAAUAAUACUAAUAAUACUAACCAGGGUGGUAAUACACUGAAUGCUGGUAGUGGUAUACCAGGUCAACAACAAAUCUCUGAAAGUCUACUUAUGGAUGAUGACGAUGAUGAUGAACCAAUUCAAGUUGGUACAUUAGCACAACGUGAAAAAAUUGCAUUCCUUGAAAAUAAUUUAGAUAAAUUAACGAAAGUACAUAAACAACUUGUUCAUGAUAAUGCAGAAUUACGUUGUGAAUUACCAAAAAUGGAAAAACGUCUAAAGAGUACCCUGGAACGUGUACGUAGUUUAGAAUUAUCAUUGAAAGAAGCUAAAGAAGGUGCUAUGCGUGAUCGUAAACGUUAUCAAGUUGAAGUGGAACGAAUAAAAGAAGUUGUACGUCAACGUAAUGUUACAGCACGUCGUGGUCAAUCACAAAUAGCUAAACCAAUACGUGCAGGACAUGCUCCUAUUAACAAUCCUCAUGGUGGUGGUGUACCAAUUAAUUCACAACCAGUUGUACGACCAGAUCUUCUUGGUGCACCAUGAUUCAAAUAUAUUCUUACUGAUAUUCUUUUUAUCUGUGUUUAACCUUUCUCUAUGUGUUAUUCAUUUGAAUUCACUUGGUAUAUAUACAUAAAGAAUAUAUUCACUGCUUACAUACAUUAAUAUGGAUUCAUAUAAUACUGUGAACAAGAUAGGAAUUCAGUUAGCUAAUUCGCAUACAUGAGAAUAUAUAAUGAAGGGAUCUAUUCAUUAUGUAAUGGUAUUUAAGUACAACAAUAUAUACAUAUACAUAUGUAACUCGUUUCCUCUUAUCAAACUAUCAUUAUUGUUUCUAUUUUGUUGUUGUUGUUGUUGUUGUUGAUCAUAACCACUGCACAUUAUCUCUUUUACACACACCCCCACACACAUACAUACAUACAUAAAUUACACUAUGAGCCUUAAAUUUUAUGUAUAUUCAUCCCCGGUGUGUUUUUUUUGGUAGUCGAUUUCUUUCAUAUUUCUUGGUUAUUUUUCAUUCACUCAUUGAAUUAAUGUUUUGUUUCGUUUUCUUCUUUUUGGCUUGUCAUUUAUGAUAAAUUAACCAUGACUACUGAUUGAGUGAUGACAACCAAUUGACUGGACUCUAUUCUCUGUGUUAUUAGUAGUAUUAGUAGUAGUAAUAUUAUUUUGUUUUAUUAUGAUGAUGUGUGCAUUUGCGUGUGCAAUUGCACUCUGCUUAUUGUGCCUAUUCUUGAUUGUUCAUUUUAUUAUUAUUAUUAUGAUCUAUUUCAUGUUGAAUGAUUAACUUUACUUUCUGUCUUCUAUUACUUUUAUAAGUUAAUAUUCAAUUAAAAGGUUUUGUGUACGACUAAUACUACUUACUACUACUGAUAAAUAUUAGUAAACGGAACGUGAAUAAUAAUAAUGUUAUUUUCUUAUAUGAUUAAAACAAAGUUUAUUUCUGCGCCAUACACUUACAUAUACUAUGAAUUAAUACUAAAAGGAAAUAAUUGAUAAUUGAUGUGUUGACAGCAAUCAAACUAAGAUGAUUAUUUACUAUGGUGUUGAGUAGUAACAAAUAGUAAAUCCACUCUAAAAUGUUCACAUGAACAUACCUAACACAUCUGUGUAUGUAUCAUAUUUUGUUUCGAUUUCUUCUUUCUUUUCUUAGUUUGUGCACGUACGUUAUGUAAGUGUAUCUGUUGUACACACACACUCUCUCUCUCUCACACACACAUUCCGUACAUGGUAACAUCAAUACAGGAGGUUGUAUUUCUAUGGACAAUAACAAAUAAUUGACAGUGAAUUAUUUUGUGUGUGUGCGUGUGUGCGUGUCAAUCAAUUCUACAUUAAUUGAUUCUUUUGAAUCGAUCAAAGUUGAUUGGGUUUUUUUUCUUCAGUUGCCUCACUUGAUAUUAUCUUGAUUCUUGGUGUUAUCAUCAUCAUCAUCACUAUUAUCAGUGAAUGUAAUUGUUAGUUGAACUAUACAUGCGUAUAUUUCCAUCUAUUUUGAUUGCUUUAUUCUAUGUGUUUUUUUCUUUGUGUGUACGUUUUCCAUUCUGUUUUGUUCUAUCUCUCUUUUCACAUGAAAUAGAAGUAUAAUGUUCACAUAUAAUAAUACCGCUUAUGUGUUAUUGCUAACAGUUAAUAUAAGAGAAUUAAAUGUGAUAAUUUAAUUAUUUCCAUUGUUAUUUCAUCUUUCUGUUAUCAAGAUAGUUGUGCAAUAUGAUGUUGGAUUAGUUUAAGUUAAAUAUUUAUACCAUUAAAAAUGUCAGCUCAAUGGUCUAGAAGUUAAGCGUUUGCAUGCGAGAUCAAAGAUUGUUGAUUGGAAUCCCACGUAUAUGUGGUCAUGUGAUAUACGUAUUGUUAAGGUGUCCCAUACUACAGCGAAACGGUUGUCUAGUUCUUUAAAGUUUUCAAUGGUGAUCUUA